CUCCCCGGCUGCCGUGGCAACAAUAUGACAUCUCUGGCGACGGGAGCUGCCAAAAAGCUCAUAGAGCGGCAUGCGAAGCAGUACGAACCUCAGGAUCCUUUCUACGAGUUCUACACCAACAAGAACGGCAAGAAGAAGCGAAGGAAGCGUCCACCGCCACCCGGCCUGACGAAGAAGGAGGCGCAGCUGUUGCGAAAGGUCGCCAGGAGGGCUCACUACCUCGAUAAGGGAUUCUCCAUCUGCGGCUUGCGAUUUGGGUGGACUGCCAUCAUCGGCCUCAUCCCCGGCGUCGGCGAUGCCACGGACGCAGCCCUCAACUGGUUCCUUGUUGUUAAGCCAGCUCGAGACGGCGGCGAGCUUCCAUCCUGGCUGGUGCGAAAAAUGGUCUUCAACAACGCCGUCAGUGCUGGUGUGGGUCUCGUUCCCAUCGCUGGCGACAUCAUGUUGGCUGUCUGGAAGGCCAAUUCGAGAAACGUGAAUCUGCUCGAAGAAUAUUUUCGCGUCCUCGGCGAGGAGCACAUUGCCGCUGGAAUGCAAGGUCUCACACCUGCACCACCGCCGCUUCCCGGACAAGAGCCUCAGGCGCACACUGAGUCAUCGAGAGAAGCGCCCAUUUCGGCGGCGAGGGAAUCUUCGGAGGACGACGAGGAUGCUCCCCAACUCAAAGCCCACCCGGCCCAACCGGCCGUUCAGAAGCUCGUCAAGGACCACUCGGCCACCAACGUGACCGCCUGAACAGCAUCUCGUCUCCUUUGCUCUCUUUCUUUUUUGCUUGCUAUCCUGUAGACGUUUGAAUCAACGCGCGCACAAGUCAUAAAACAAAGUCUCUUGUUACUAAAAAUAGAAUACCACGAGUCUCACACAAACGU